AUGGCAUGUCUCUUAAUGCAAGUAGUUGUUUUAACAAUGCUCUAUAAUGACCAAUUAAUUGAUUACAGUUUACCCGUUUGUCGAAUUAUACCUGUUUUAUCCGUCAUGUUUGGACAUUUAAGUCUAUGGAUAAGUUCAUUUAUUGCCGUUGAACGAACACUUGUCGAAUGUUUCAAUCUUAAUUUUUAUCGAACACGAAAACAGUCAUUUAUUGUUUCGAUUAUAUUAUUAAUACUUCUUACUGCAACUCAUGUUCAUAAGAUAAUUGCACGUAAAAUGAUCCCAGAUCCAACAUUGCCUACAUCAUACUAUUGUACAUUUCAAUUUUCUCAUGCAUGGGCUAUCUAUGACAGAACAUUAAAUCAUCUACAUUUAUUAUUACCAUGUUUAUUACAUUUUUUAGCAACCAUUUGUGUUUUAACAAGUAUUGCCAAACGAAAAAUAUUUAUUAGUGAAAGUCGAGAGAGUUUUUGGAAAAUGUGGUUUCAACAAUUAGGUAAACAUAAAGAUUUUCUAAUUCCUCCCUUUGUUAUUAUUCUUUGUACGAUGCCUCAUGUUGUGUUUAUCGACAUCAAAUAUUAUGAUUGUGUUGAAUCAUUUGAGAAAUUCUAUUUACGUUUUCAUAUUGCAACUGAAUUAUUAUUUUAUAUCCCGCAAAUUCUUACAUUUUUUAUCUAUGUUUAUCCCUCAAUGAUAUAUAAAAACGAAUAUUUUCAAUCCAAAGCAGGACAAAAAAUACAAACAUUAAAAUUCAAAAUAUUGAGUAUUUGUGGAAGGAACUAA